CUCUGAGAAUGCGCCCUCUCCUCCCCCUUUUUUUCUCUUUCCCCUUCAUUUACUGAUGAUAAGCGCUUUAGGGCUGAAUCAACGAGGACGUCACCCAUCUAUUACACAGCACAGUCACAUGAGGGGACAGGACUCGGUUGCCUCCACCUCUCCACAGAUCUCGUCCCUCCGUCAGGCCGCACAGGCUGCCAUUCUGGACAUGAGCCUAUGUGGUGUCAAAUAUGAUGACCUGAUCCGAGAAGGCUAUGAUCCGGUCGUACUCGGAAGGUUGUUUGCCUCUGCGGGUCUACCUGUUGUGAUGAACAGCAUUCCACCACCCUCAGCUCCACCCUCCAAUGAACAAGGUUCUAGUGCUCCUCCAAAGGUCGCUGCUACAAAGCUAAACCGACCUUUGCCAACUGAAAAGGGCGUUCUGGACAAGGAUGCCCAGGUGCUCCGGGAGAAGCUAGAAAAAGCACGGCUGGACCAUGAGAAGAGGGAACGGCGGGAGAAAGAACAAAAGGAGGCGGAAGCACGUGCAUCCGAGUUGGUUCGGCGGCGACAGGCCGCAACGGAGGAAGAGGAACGACGGAGACGUGAAGUGGAGGUCAAGGCCAAGCAGGACAUCGCCAAGAAGAAGAUUGCGACCAUGAUGUCUGCAGCAAAACCAGCUUCCCCUGGCGUGCCCACGACAAUAAAGGCGGCUUCUCCCAGCGUACCCCCCACACCUAUAUCGAGCACCCCGGUGAACGCAGCUGUUGCUGCGGCGAAGCCUCAGCCGAAUCCACCUGCAGCUUCUCCGUCUCCACCAAUGGUGAUACCGGGUUUGCUGCUGGCCCCUGCGAGUGGGACUGCAUCGGAGGUUGCAUCAAAGGCUGCAUCGGAGGUAGCAUCAAGGGCUGCAUCGGAGGCUACAUCAAAAGCUACAUCAAAAGCUGCUACCCCCGAGUCUACUGACGUGGUAAUGAGUGAUGCCCCUCAGGUUGCGGUGUCAAAUCCUCCGUCUAUAGCCGCUGUGCCAACUGUUGGUGCCGGUUCCAAUGGAGUGUCUCCGCCUCAACCACCACCAGCAGCCCGACGCAAGCGGCCCAUGGCCUCAGACCUGUACUCGGAGCCUAACCCUGUUAGACGCAAGUUUGGAGCUCAACGUACAAGUUCAAUGAUAAUUGAGGUGUCCGAUGACGAAGAUGAUGCUGCUGACGCCACAUACUUCACACCACAUGAAUCGAGGGAGGACCAAGGGUCUCCGCUCGGAACCCCGGGCAUUGCUUCUAAUGGAUUGAAUCACGGCGUGAGACGCAUCGUAUCGCUUCCUGUCACUGCUGCAACUUCUCAGGCCGAUGAACUUCGAAAGCGGGAAGCUGAUAUUCAACGGAUGAAGGCGAGAAUCAUGGCAGCCGAGCAAAAGAGCAUGGCAGCUCAGCGGAGAAAGGAGCUUUCAAAGGCGGCCAGCAAUUCAGGGCAUCCGACACCAAUUGGAACCCCAACGGUUGGGUCUGAUUCUUCUGCUCCUCCGCCGCUGACAACACAACUUGCUGGGAAACACGAUUCUGUAAUGCCAACCGCGCCUCCCGCCGGACUAACCAAUGACACUCCCAUUGAGAAUCAGCGCCCCGAUGUUUCGAAGAAAACCGAGAUGGAUCUUGAGGCCCAGCAAAUUCGUGCCCGAGCCAUUGAGGAGCGUAUGAGGAAACACAGGGAAGAGAUUGCGGCGGCUGAGAAAAAGAAAAAGGAAGAGGUGGAGUCCGCUGCCGUGAAUGCUGCUGCUGUUAAAGCUGCCGAGGCGAAGGCGGCGGAGACAAAGAAGAAGGAAGAGGAACGUGAAAAGAAGCGGCGCGAACUAGUUGCGCUUGAGAACAGGAGGCAAAACAAGCGGCUCGAGAGGGAGAUGCUUGAAGAGCAGCUCAGGCGCCAAAUUGCUGAGAUGCGACGAGAAGAGGAAGAUAUGGAACAGCGACAUGAUUCUUUAGUUAGAGAUCUUGAAGAUGUCAACAUUCCUCUGCAACCAGUCGCACCGAGCAAUGAUAUGCAGAACGGUUCCGAACAAAUGCGGACGGAAAUUGAGGCGAAGGAAAAGAAUGAAGGUCAGUCCCCUAUCAGGACACCAGAUAUUAGAUCGCGCAAGAAGAUUGCUUAUUUGAUAAUAGGCCCGUCCGGUUCUGAAGAACUUGUCGAGAGGCAACUACUCGUUGAAGAUGUUUCUAACAGUAGCGGAAACCCCACCCCUGCUUCAGCGACCGCAUCUGCUCUUGAAGGACAUUCCCAGUUCAUUGGUCGACCUGAAGAGAUUGUUGCAGUGGCAAAGUCCCUCUCCCCGGUCAAGGUUGCACCGACAGCUGUGCUCAAGACUGUUGACAGCAUGGAUGUUGAUGAGUCCCACGAACUGGCCACUCAAGACAAGCCAGCACCCGCAGAGGACGUAGAAAUGGAGUCAAGCUGUGCAGAUGGUACUUCUUUCGGAGAGACCUCUGGAAGCGAUGAUUCGAGUGAUGACAGCUCCUCCGAAGAGGGAGAUGAGGACAAGGAUGAGGUUAUGGUUGACAAGCCCGAGGAGACCCAGAGCAAUGCUACUAUUCAGACCGCAGUCUCUGUCUCCGAUGCGCUACCCAUCCAGACCGCCCAACCUAUUGCUCCUUCAUCCCCCAUGGAGACUAAUGCUCCUACUACAGAGCUUGCCUCAGAGCCCGCCCGCGCCAAUGAGCCAUUUGUCGUUACUGUUCCCGAAGUGGCACUCAAGGUUUGAGACUAUCAUCCGAAUUCCUGUUGGCGGUGACAUCGCAUCGUGUGGCAGCUAACAUAUCGACAGAUCAAAGCCAUUCCGAAUGCCUUUUUCCCAUACCAGUCGCCUCUUCAGAUCUUCAAAUCUUUCCGUCAUCACCGCAACUUCCAUGACCUCAAGCCCGAUGGUCUUCGCAGUUUGCAGUAUUCCAACAAUAUCGACCCAGACAGGGCAAUGUGCCAGUACGAAGUCUGCGGCGGUGUUUGCAACGACAGGGAGUGCGAAUGGCAGCACUUCCGUGAAAUUGGCAUGAAAGGUGAG